CGAGUGCAAUUAUUUCUGCUUCCUUCUGACAGGCCAAAGAGAACGCUGUACAGUAAGAAGUAUGGAGUGGACCUCAUCAGGUACACACAUGCUGCCAACACUGUGGUCUACAGUUCCAACAAAAUAGAUGAUACAAUCCGGUACCUCUCCCUGCACGACAACAAAUACAUUCGCUAUUUCCCAGGACAUACAAAAAGAGUGGUCGCUCUUUCAAUGUCUCCAGUGGAUGAUACUUUUAUUUCUGGAUCCCUUGAUAAAACUAUUCGACUUUGGGAUCUCCGCUCUCCAAAUUGCCAGGGUUUAAUGCAUCUCCAGGGGAAGCCUGUGUGCUCUUUUGACCCAGAAGGGUUGAUUUUUGCUGCUGGAGUAAAUUCUGAAAUGGUGAAGCUUUAUGAUCUCCGUUCUUUUGACAAGGGGCCGUUUGCUACGUUUAAGAUGCAGUAUGAUCGAACGUGUGAGUGGACAGGCCUGAAGUUCAGUAACGACGGCAAACUCAUCCUCAUAUCAACUAAUGGAGGCUUCAUUCAACUGAUUGAUGCCUUUAAAGGAGCUGUCCUGCAUACUUUUGGGGGUUAUAACAAUAGUAAGGCUGUCACGCUGGAGGCGUCGUUCACACCAGACUCUCAGUUCAUCAUGAUAGGUUCGGAGGAUGGGAAGAUUCAUGUUUGGAAUGGGGAAAGUGGGAUGAAGGUGGCUGUGCUGGAUGGGAAACACACUGGUCCUAUAACCUGUCUGCAGUUCAAUCCAAAAUUCAUGACUUUUGCUAGUGCAUGUUCCAAUAUGGCCUUCUGGUUGCCAACUAUCGACGACUAGUUCCUACGCUGCAGCUGCUGUCAGAUGAAUUCCAUACUGCUGACAGCAGCACAUCGUUGCAAGCAUAGUAUUGGAAUUGCCUAGAUCUCCCAGAAUGUGUUCCUGCAUAUGUUUCCAUAUGUCUUACCUUUAUUUGCUGCAUUCCUUUGUGAGGACUCUUCCACUUGGCCUCCCAGCAUGCUCAGAAGCAGCAUGCUGCACACUCUUCCCUUUCAGCAGGCUUCAGCCGAAGUUGGAACUGGCACAGUGUUAUUUCUAAGAGCAAUGAAGUCUGUUUUAUUUACAAAGUGUUUGUGGCAUUUUUUAAGCUGUAAUUGUGUGUUUUCCUCCUGUAAGUGCACAAGGCUAUUGAUGUUCCAAGCUGGAACGUGCAGUUCCUUCCCGUAAGUGCAUGUUUUUCACAUCUGGGAUCUCCGGUUUCACUGCAGUCCACAGAUGCAAAGUUACUUCUGUGCCAAAUGUGAACACUGACAGCUUUCAACUUGAACAGCAGAUGCUGGAUUCUCUUGCAGUGGAACGUGUGCAAGAGUGGGUGACUGUAAAUGCACAUUAUACAUCCUGUCAUCCUUUUUUUUUUGGUGAUUUAGUGUGCAACACACCGUACAGAUUUUGUCCACUGCCAGAGCUUGCUGAAGCCUCCCUGCUGUUUGCUGUGCCAGCUUCC